CAGAUUUACGCCAAAUACGACCGGGAAAUGAAGAGCUGAGAACAGGUGCAUGUCCGAUAGCUCUCGCCAGCUCUGACAAAUCGAUGUUUAUGUCGCGGCUUGUUGCAUUUGAAAGCUGUUUGAAAGUGAUAAUUUCCUGAUUGCACUGCCUUUACCCCACUAUGGCCUCCUCCUCAUCAGUUGGAGAUAAUCAACUGCAGAGGAUAAUCAGAGAUCUGCACGAUGCUGUGUUAGAGUUGAGUAAAGAACACAAGGAGUGUGGUGAGCCCAUAACUGAUGACAGCGCCAACCUGCACAAGUUCUUUUAUAAACUUGAAUACCUGCUGCAGUUUGACCAGAAAGAGAAGACAACCUUUCUUGGUCAGAGGAAAGACUACUGGGAUUACUUCUGCGACUGCCUGAUUAAGAUCAAGGGAGCUAACGAUGGCAUCCGUUUUGUUAAGUCCAUCCCUGAGUUGAAGACAUCGUUGGGAAAAGGAAGGGCGUUCAUCCGCUACUCACUCGUUCACCAGCGUCUUGCCGACACACUGCAGCAGUGUCUGAUAAACCAGAAGGUCACAAGUGACUGGUAUUAUGCCCGGAGUCCUUUCCUCAAGUCUCACCUCACUGCUGACAUAAUCAACCAUCUCUAUGAGCUCAACCAGAUCCAGUUUGAUGUGGCAGCGAGAGGGUACGACCUCGAUGCCGAUUGGCCAAACUUUGCGAGGCGAACAUUAGGCACUGCCUCUUCAGCUUUCCUGUGGAAGGCUCCCAGUCGCUGCUCCAGCAUCAACAGUCUCGUUAGCAGCUAUUCACACUCACAGGCGCAUGAGUUUCUCCCAAUCCCAGACUUGAGUCACAGUCUCCUUGGGGAACUGGGGGAACUGGGGGAACCCUCUCCUUGCAGCAUUGCAGAGAACCUCCGCAUUGAGCUCGACCAAUCUGAGCUCAGACAACAAGAGCUUCUGGUACAGGUUCAGGAGUUAGGCAAAGAGGCUGCAGAGCUGAAGGACGUGGUUAAAGAACUUCAAGGCCAGCUAUCAGCAGCUCAGAAGUCCUCUGGCCACUCCGUGUCCACAGCAACCCAAAGAAACCAAGAAGCAGAUAAUCAGGAGAGAGCAAAUCACCUUCAAAGCUGUAGUGAAGCAAAAAACAGUGAACUUCAAGACAGGCUCGCAGCUGCUGAGAACAAAAAUAUGGAGCUCCUCUCUAAGUUGGAUGAGGCUCUGAAAGAAAAGGGACAACAAACUGCAAGCUACUGCGACUCAGCCUGGAAAAUCCAGGAACUCCUGGAUAAACUCAAGACAGCAGAGGAGGAGAGGCUGGAAGCAAAGAGAGAGGCUGAGGACAGGGCCAGGCACUCUGAGCGUCUGUCCCAGCAACUGAAACUCAGGGAAGAAGAGUUGAGGAACAGUGAGGAGAAGCUGGCUGAAGUAAAAGCCGGAGCCCAUGACGAACACGAAGAGGCACUAAAACGGCUGGAGGAGCUCCAAAGUGCAGUCAGUCGAAUUCAAGGGGCACUGACUUUGAAAGAGAAGGAGACAGGGAACUUGAGAGCUCAGCUUCAGGAUCUACAAGCAUCCCUGGAGUGCAGAGAACGGCAGGCAGAGGAGCUUAGGAAAAGACUGCAGGAGGAGAGGGAGGAGGAAGAGCAGAGAUGUAGCAUGAGCAGUAGCCAGAAUGAGGAACUCGAGAUUCACCUCCUGGAUGUAAGAAAAACUCUAAAAAACAGAGAGAAAGAGCUAGCUGUUAGUUCAGAGAGAAUCAAGCAUUUAGAGGAGCAGCUAGAGAAGCUAAACGUUGAGAAAGAAAGUCUGAGCUCUAGACUUGCUGAUAAUGAAGAUGUUUCCUGUGAUCAAAGCAAGAACCUUGAGGAUUACAAAACACAAUGCAGCAAUCUCAUGCAAAUGAAUGCUAAGCUACUCCAAACAGUCAAGAAGAGUGAAGGGAGCAUUACAGAGCUGGCUGAGAGCAGGGAAGCCUUGUUAGACCAGCUCGCUUCUUUGAGGGCUUCUGAGAAGCACUUAAAAGGCAGAGUAGAGGCUGCAAAGAUGUGUGUGGAAGAUCGGGAGACGAAGCUUCUGGAUGAAAACCUACAUUUGGAGGAGAUUUUCCAGAAGACACUCGUCCAGAAGGAAGUAUCUGAUUCUCAAUUAAAGAAGCUUGAGCAUGAGAACAAGGAGCUUCUUGAGGUUCAGUCCUCGUUAAAGAAACAGUUAGCCACAACUCAACAGGAACUGGACUCACUCACUGCCAAAGCUGCAAAGCUGGACAAGAACCUCAUAGUGUCCCAAAGAAGCCAGGCGGAGCUACUUGAAAAACUCCAGGAAACUGAGGCUAAAUUGAGAGACCAGACUGUUAAAUGUGGGCUUUUGCAAGCUAGAGCAGAGGAGCUGAAGAGCAGGACUGGGGAGCUGCACGACGAAAAAGGAGCUGCAGAGAGCAAUGAAAAAAUGCAGAAGCUUCAUGAUGAGCAUCAGACGUCCUCAAUGGAAACCAAAGAGGCCCCAUUGAGGCUGGUUAUAGCUGAGGCUCAACUGGAACUCAAUCUAAGGGAGGUGCACCGGCUCCGGGAGGAGGUGGUGGAGCUCAGGGCUCAACUUCUAGCAGGAACUGAGGAGAGGAUGAAAGUUCAGGCACUGCAGGAGGUGACAGAGUCCUCCAGAGAGGACCUCCGUGUAUUAGCAGAACAACUCAAAGCCCAGGUGGAGGAGCUGAAUCGCCGGCAUGUGGAUGAGAUUCUCCGAUCCCGGGAGCGAGAGGAAGCUCUCAUCCGUGAGCGUGACGGUGAGGCUCAGGCUCGGGGAGGUCUGGCUGCAGAGGUGACGGCCUCCAGAGAGGAGAUCAACAAACUGAAGCUGCGUUAUGAAGCCUUGUGUGUGGAGAACAGUGAAUCCAAGGAGGCACUUCAUAGGGCCAACACCGAAACAGCUGAACUCGGUGUGCAUGUGUGUAUGCUAACUGCUGAGAAUGAAGAGGCUCGUCUCCGCUGGGAGGGCUUGUCAACAAGACUGCAAGAACUGGAGGAGGAGGCAACUCAGGAGGCAGAUAGGCUGAAUACCUGCAUAGAGCAGCUGCGUCAGGAGAACCAGCAGCUGCUCGAUCAGCUCCAUAACGAGAAGAGUUUGUUGGCAGCCAAGCAGGAGCUGCAGGAAGAGCUGAGCAAAGCCCAACAGGAGGCCGAAGCUGUGCAGGAGACGAACAAGGAGGAGAUUCAGGCACUCCGCUUCCAGCUCAGCAGCCAAGCCAUGAGCCACAGCAGCCUGGUCCAGACUGUGAAUCAAGAGACACAGGAAGUGAAAUUACAGCUGACCACCGAACAGGAGAAAGUAGUCUCCUUGGAGAACAAACUCAAACAGCUUGAGGCUGAGAGUCAGAGAUAUUGCCAACAGAUUGAGGAGAAAAACAUCCAGAUGGCCGAGUUUGAAAAGCUCAUCCAGCAGAAAGAAGACGAGAUAAUCCAUCUGAAAGGGAAUUUAUCAAGGUCUGAGGAUGGUCUAGCAGCGGCUCAGCAGGCCUGUCAGGAGAUGAGUGAAAAUCUACGGAGAGUCACACAGGAUAAACAGAGCUUUGAUAUUAGGACGGCUGCUGAACUUGAUGAUCUUUAUCGCACCAAAAUCAACUUGGAGGAAAGGCUUGUCGAACUUAUCAGGGAGAAAGAUGCACUGUGGCAGAAGACGGAUGCCCUGGAGUUUGAGCAGAAACUACGGGAUGAAGAGACGGAGAGGGACGUCAACUACUGCCUGGGUUGUCACAGUCAGUUCAGCUGGUGGCUCCGCAAGUACACCUGCAGACUGUGUGGGCGUCCCUUCUGCUACUACUGCUGCAGUAACACUGUGAGCACCCAGCAGGGCGGCAACAGAGAGCGCUGCUGCAGGGACUGCUACAACCAGCACAGUGCAGUAGUUGAGCGCCACCCACAGGAAGAAGUGUCUAACAGCACACCAGGGACACCCUUCAGUCGCUUGCUGCAGGCUGGGAGAGCUAUGACUAGCGUUGCAGAUGAAGGUGACAAGCAGGAUGAUGGUGUUUUUGACAUCAUCACAGACGAGGAAGUGAGCGGGGUCUACGACAGUGACUCCAUCUCUUUUGCCACCGCCUGCUCUCCUGGGCACGAACAGCAGGGGGCAGCACAAUUAAACUGCAGUGCCAGUGCAGGAGACAUCACAUCAGAAGAUGCUGAGGACCUCAGUGCUGCAGUACAGGAUGCAGAGAUCUGCCUACUAAAGUCUGGAGAGCUUACGCUCUCUGUCUCCUUCACGGUGGAUGACAUCUCAGGGUUUGGGGACAGCUCCCGAGAGCUCUUCAUCAAGUCCAGCUGUUACAGCACCAUCCCCAUCACCAUGAGCGCUCCUGGUCCCACGGUCACCUGGACGUUCACCUCUGAGCCGAAGAGCAUCUCCUUCAGCGUGGUCUACAGGGAGAGCGCAGAGACUCCGCUGGAGCAGGCCAAGGUCUUGAUCCCACUGACUCGCUGUAACUCCCACAAAGAGACAAUCCAGGGGGAGCUUAAAGUCAGAAACCCUGGAGAAUACACACUCAUCUUUGACAACUCUUUCUCAAGGUUCAUCUCAAAGAAAGUGCUGUAUCAUGUGAGUCUAGACAAGCCUGUGAUCUACGAUGGAACCGACCUCCUCUGAACGUGACCGGAAGGAGGUGUAAAACUGACUUUCGAAACAUGGGCGUAUAAGCUUAUGAGUUAGACACUACUGACGUUCAGCAACCUCAUUGAAAGGUUAUGGCAUUUCAAAAACGUCUCUCUCAGCUACCUGCUUGAUCACGAGCUGUUGUGCAUCAGAUGAAUUAUGAUCAUGAGAAUGCUGAACAGACGCUGAAAACAGACAAGUAAAACGAUGUUACACUACUGAAUGUGAGCAUGCACUACCUUUUAUAAAAGCUUGACGUUGUAGUUUUAAGUGUAGCAUUAAGGGUAUCCAGCAUCACUCCUUCUGUGGGUGAUUGAUGGAUUAUUGCAUAUUUAAAUGUCAAGAACUUGUGUGCACAUGCAGGUUUCUCAGAUGUAGCUCCUGCAUUUUUUUUUAGAUGCAAAGCUGCAUUUUCGCUUCAGCCUGAUGUGCAGUUGGCUAAAUCAAGGCUUGUUCUCAUUAGUUUCCUCAUCUCGAAAAGUGUCUUUUAAAAUGGGAAUAAUGUGCUCUGUGCACAGUGACAGAAGUACGUUCCCACUCGGAGGGGGAGAUAUGGUUAAAAUCCUCUGUCACGCUGUGUUUAAUUUUAUGUUGUGACAUCAAUAUUUAUCAUGAUAAUAAUAAUUAAAUAAAUAAUUAAAUAAAUAAUAAAUUAAAGAUCAAAAGAUCAAUUGAGAAACGGUGUUGGAUAAAAGAACCAGUCAGAUGUCCAUUUUUGAUUUAUCUGGGGAAUUAAACAUGUGACAAAUCAAGGUACUUUAUCACAUUAAUGCAAAAAUAUUGCCACAAAUUAUAACCUGCUUAUUGGUAUGCACCACAUUACCUGCAAUGGUGUAAUAUACCCAGAGAUAUUAAAAGGAGAGCUGCCACAGUACAAAUAGUAAAUUAAAGUCAAAUCAUUGCACAGUAGCUGUCUUAUUAUUCAGUAUUUUUGUUUACACAAAGCAAAUAUUACAUGAGUGAGACGUUACAGGAAGAAAACAUUCAGAAAUUUGUACAGAGUCAAUUUUAUUGUUUUAGUUGCUGAAACUACUUUAAGUUUGAAAACUAGACUCUGACCUUAACUGAAUUUGUUGCUUAAACGUACCGUUAGCGAGCCAUCGGACGUAACUGACUCUUUAAAAUGGUGUGUUGACAUUCUGCUGUUGUAGAAUUAGCCUUCAUUGGUCAAGACACUCAUGUAUCAUCUGUGUCCAAAGCAAAGCUCAGAUUCAUUCCCACUUCACAUACAGUUCAGUUUCUUCAAGAUUGUUGCCUUUUCAGCUGUCAGACAUGACAAGAAUUAGCUUUGUUUUGUCACAGUCAUAAUGAAGCAUAACAGGAAGAAACAGGACUUCUCCGAAAGCUGCGGUGAAACCUCCACAUCAUUCUGUGUUAACUGAUUUUCAGGAAAUACGCUUGAACUCGGUGCACUUCCUGAUGAUUGCAGCUGAAAAAAGAGGGUCAGGAUUGAUUUGCAUGCAAACACUAAGAAAUGUGCCCAUUUCCGCAUCUUAAAAGUCAAGGGUAAAAAUAGGGAGCAUAUAUCAAAAUGUAAGUUUCAGUGCUUAAAAUAUAUAGUUUUUGCUUUGAGCCUAACUUUAUCACUCCUGUUUUGCAGAUUUUUGCAUUAAAGUUAGUGAAGCUGCAACAACAUUUUGUCUUAAGCUACAUGAAGCCUUUAGAUGAGGAAGCGUUUGUUUUGGAAAAAUGAUACUACUUUUUAUUUAUAGAGUGCUUUUGUAGAUGUAAAGAGAUGUUUGUUCCUCAGUGCAGUCGUGUGCUGUUGCUGAAUGAGUUCUGCUGUGUGUCAAACAGAAACAGGUUGAAUCUCAGCAUAAAGCCUUCAAACAAUACAGGUCCAAAAAUCACUUUUAUACUUCAAGUUGUCUUAUAUGGACCUUUUAUUUGAAGGCUUUCAUGCUGAAGCUGACCUUUAUUUCUCAGUCAUUGGCUGUUUUUCGAGUGUCUUCACACUGGUCAUUUGAUUAUACUGACUUGAAUAUGCUGCAACACUGCUUUGCUAUUGACAAAUUCUAACAUGUCUUCCACUGUUUUAAAACCACUUUGUAACUUAUAUUUUGAACCUGACAUGAGGAAGAAGACGAGUAAAAAGAAUACAAAUGACACUUUUUAUACAUAUCUGAAUAAGAAGAGUGAUAUAUUGCCAAAUAUAAUGGGGAAACAUAUUUGUCUACUUUAUUGUUUCUGUUUAAAGGCAUUGCAACAUGAACGCUGUAUAAUGCACUUUUCAAAGGCUUUCUGUCAGUAUGUAUCCCAUGAGCCUUUGUGCCAGUUAAUGAAUGUUUAUUUUCUCAUCUGUAUCUAGUGAGUGUGUGACUGUAGAUGUUUAUUGCUGGAUUUGUCAGAGGGAGGCUUUCACUCUCUGACUUAACCUGUAAAUGACUGUUGACAUGUUUUAUUGAAAUAUAAUUUACUGAAGAUUUAUAAUAGAAUUGAUUUAAGAUUGUGGAGAAAUAAAUAAGGAUUGUG